AUGGCUCUGGCACGAUUUAGUAAAAUCCUCCGUUUGCCGACGAUUGAGAUAAAGAAGAAAGUCAAGCAGUAUGAGCACGUCCACAGGGACGUCAACCCCAACGACAUUUGGGAAAUAGUUGGAGAGCUUGGCGACGGCGCGUUUGGGAAAGUCUACAAGGCCCGUAACAAGGAGACAGACAUCCUGGCUGCAGCCAAAGUGAUCGAAACAAAAUGUGAGGAGGAGCUGGAAGACUACAUUGUUGAGAUCGACAUCCUGGCUAAAUGUGACCACCGCUACAUUGUCAAGUUGCUUGAUGCCUUUUAUCAUGAAAACAAACUCUGGAUCAUGAUUGAGUUCUGCCCUGGAGGGGCCAUGGAUGCCAACAUGUUAGAGUUAGACCGAGGCCUGACGGAGCCCCAGAUCAAGGUGGUCUGUCGCCAGAUGUUGGAGGCUUUGGUCUACCUCCACAGCAUAAAGAUCAUCCACAGAGACCUGAAGGCGGGUAACAUCCUCCUCAUGCUGGAUGGGGACAUCAAACUGGCUGAUUUUGGUGUGUCUGCAAAAAAUACCAAAACCUUACAACGGAGAGAUUCUUUCAUCGGAACUCCAUACUGGAUGGCCCCGGAGGUGGUGAUGUGCGAGACGAUGAAGGACGCGCCGUACGACUACAAGGCGGACAUCUGGUCCUUAGGAAUCACGCUGAUCGAGCUCGCACAGAUCGAACCCCCACACCACGAGCUCAACCCGAUGAGGGUUCUGCUGAAGAUCGCCAAGUCUGAGCCUCCCUCCCUGGAUGCACCACAUAAAUGGUCGAAGGAUUUUAAAGAUUUCUUGAGGAAGGCCCUGGACAAAAACCCAGAGACUCGUCCAACUGCAGCACAGCUCUUGGAGCACCCUUUCGUGAGAUCGGUGACGUCCAACCGUCCACUGAUCGAGCUGGUGGCCGAGGCCAAGGCUGAAGUCAUGGAGGAAAUAGAGGACAAUAGAGAGGAAGGAGAGGACGACGACACCAUGGAGCUCACUGUGUCUCCAGGCAAGGAGCCAUGCCGGACUAGUCAGACCAGUUUGGACGAAGAUCAGUCUCAGCUGACCCCUAGCCCCACCACGCCUUCCCCGACCACGCCGGUGCCUUUAUCCGGGGGAGAGGCCCCGCCGGGCUCCCCUACGGAGGACGGGCCCAACUCCAUCAUGGUGGUCCCCGUUCCAGUUCCCCUUCCGCGGCAGAAGCUCCCUCCCAGGGAUUCUGAGGACGACGGUGACAAGCUGACCGACGAGGUCAUUCACGAGUCGAAUAAAUCCGAGAGCGAGGCCUCGACCAAGACUUCCAGCUCGGACUCUGGGAUCGAGGAUGGAAAGAGUACCCCCACGCUAGAAGACGACAAGGUUGCCUUGGAGAUGCAAGAGUCCGAACAGCCACCGUCUCUUCCACAAAGCGAGGCCUCCACGGAGACCGUUGACAUCAGUGUAGACCCGAAUGAAUCCAAGGUCCAGGCUACCAAAGAGGAGGAGGAGAACACUACCCCGAAGGACGAAGAAUCCCCCGGAGCCGCUUUCGCCGCCGACACCCCGCUUCCCGCGUCCCGCCCGGGGCCAAACGGCAGCGUUAGCAAGGGCACCGCGGAGCCGACGUCCACCGGGGAGAACGGCGAGAGCCCCUCGCCUUACGUCAACGGAGGGAUCUUCAACAAGCGGUACUCCUACGCUGGCAGCAUGGGGUCGGAGAACAUGGACAUGUCCAUCAACAAGGAGAGCAUCUCCAUGUCUGCCAGGAGCUUUUCCAAUAAGACUCUAAAGCGAACCAGGAAGUUUGUCAUCGACGGCGUGGAGGUCAGUGUGACCACCUCCAAGAUCAUCCGAGAUGAUGAGAAGAAAGAUGAGGAGAUGAGAUUCCUGAGACGGCAAGAGCUGCGUGACCUCCGUUUGCUACAGAAGGAGGAGCAGCGUGCCCAGACUGCUCUGAAUGCCAAACUGGAACAGCAGAGGGAACAAAUGCAGAGACGCUUCGACCAGGACAUGAAUACCAAGAAGAAACAUUAUGACGCAGAGCUGGAGAACCUGGAGAAGAACCAGAAGCAAACUAUUGAGAAAAUGGAGACGGACCACAAUGUCAAACUGAGGGAUGAGACCAAACGCAUCAAAGCUGAGCAGGAGCGCGAGUACCGCAAGUUCCAGGAUCAGAUAAAACAGAAGAAGAAGGAGGUGAAACAUUCAGUUGACAAGUUGCCCAGAAGUCAGCGGAAAGAAUCGCUGAGACAGAGUAUGACUACUUUCCAAGAAAUUAAGAUAAGAGAGGAGGAGAGAUUCCUAGCGGGUCAAAAGCAACAACUGGACACGACGCUGAUGCAGAUCAUCACUAACAACAAGAGGGAGAUCGCGGAGACUGAGAGGCAGUGCCUCAACAAGAAGCACAAACUUAUCAGAGACCGGGAGGGCGUUAUAUGGGACAUGGAGGAGAAGUACCUUUACGAGAGACACCAACUGUUAAAGCAGCAGUUGAAAGACCAAUACUUCCUCCAGAGGCAUCAACUCCUCAAGAAACAUGAGAAGGAGCAGGAACAGAUGCAGUGCUACAACCAGCGGAUGAUCGAAAUCCUGAAGGCCCGGCAGCAACAGGAGAAGAGCCGGCUGCCCAAGAUCCAGCGCAGCGAGGCCAAGACCCGCAUGGCCAUGUUCAAGAAGAGCCUCCGCAUCAAUUCCACCGGCAGCACCGCGGAGUACCGUGAGAAGAUCAAGCAGUUUUCUCUGCAGGAGGAGAAGCGGCAGAAGGCGGAGAGGCAGCAUCAGCAGCAGAAGCACGAGAACCAGAUGAGGGAGAUGAUCGGUCAGUGCGAGAGCAACAUCAGGGAGCUGCAGCAGCUGCAGAACGAAAAGUGCCACCUGCUGGUUGAGAACGAGACUCAGAGGCUGAAGUAUCUGGAUGAGCAACACAAUCAGAUGGUGAAGGAGUGGAGGGAUCAGCUGAAGCCCAGGAAGAAGGCCCUCGAAGACGAGCUGGAAAUGAAAAAGAGAGACCAGGAAGCGUUCUUCAGGAUGAGUGAGAUUUCCGAGUGCCCGAACCCCAGCUCUCCUCAUAAACUCUCCAAGUUUGUGCCUUACCAAGACUCCUCCACCACAUGAGCCCCCCCCCCGCCGUGACGUUGCACAAAGUUCCAGUUUGCCUGCUGCCUCAGUUUUACACUUGCCUUACCAGUAAUAGCAGCAUAUAUAUAUCCAUCCACUUUUAUUUGAGUAUUUAUGUUUUAACUUGCGUUUUAACUCGUAUUUGAUGGUUAUUCUUGAUGUACGAACUUGCUUCACCCAUUUUUUUUUUUUUUUUUUUAAAUUCGGUCUUCUUCUUGCCCAUCAAUGGCUGUUUCUUUUAAAAUGGAACUGAAGAUACCAAAUCAUCUGCUUUAAUUGUGGGGAAGCGUUACCCCCAAAAAUCUCAGCUUUUGAAAAACAAAAAGAAAUGCUAAGAGUACUGGUUAUCCUGGGACUAUUUUUUGUUAACUUUGAAUUACUAGCAUUGUCUUCCUAAUUAGUUCUAUGGGCUUCUAUGAUACAAAUCUCAUGUUGAGUGGUAAUUGUCUAUACGAAUGAAAGAAAAACAAAAAAAACACACUGUGUACAUUUUACAUUUUUAUUUCUUCCAGAGACAUCCAUUAAACGAAGGAUGGGCUUUUUCAUUUUUCUUUGUAUGUGGGGGGUGAAGCUGAAUCAAAAAUGAUUAAAACGAAUACCAAUUUCUGUCGAUACUUAUUCAGGAAUUAGAUGUUUAUCAAACAAGGGAAUGCAAUAUAUCCUUUUCUGUUGUAUUUUUACUGUAAAAUCAGUCACACUGGAUGGGAACUGACAAAGCCAAAGUAUAGUCUGGUUUUUGUGUUUUGUUUUUUUUGUUGUUUAGGGGACUUAAACCUGUUAAUUGUACAAUUAUUAUACCAAGUGCAGUGAGAGAGCUGCCUGCUAACCUAUGUGCAAUAUUCUAUGUAUGUCUCUGCUAAGCCUAAAGAAGUUUAUUUUUCUUAAAAGUUUGCCUUCCUUUGCACUGAGAGGGAUAAUAUGAAGUGUUAAACUCCAAAUAAAUAUCGAAUUGCUUUUUAGAAAUAAUUUGUUUAAAGACAUUCAUAAGUUAAUAAGCAAAUCGGUGGCUUACUUGCUGAUGGUGUGAUUUUAGGAAGAAACUCUUCAUCUUCUUAAAGGGGUGCAACCUUUCAGUCUGCUGUAUGAUGCCUUAUUACGUUCAAUCUGUUGCCUUUGUUGAGUGGAGAAAAAAAAAAAAAGAAAUUGUGAGCAGUUUGGCCAUCAGAUUGACACUGAAUCAGGUACAGCCUAAUGGCUCUCUGAAUUAUUUAAAUUAAUUGUGAAAACCUAUUUUUUUGUUGUGUUUAAUGGCUUCAUCUAUGCCUUCCCCUGCCUCAGUUUACAUAACUUUAUUUGUGUGGAGGGAUUGUGAGUAUGAAUGAAACUGUAUCAGAAGGAACCACUGAUGUAUAUAGAUCAAAAUAAACAUGCAGAUUUUCUAAUGACCUA